AUGGGCCCAGCAUUGGAAUGUCAUUCAAUUUUAAUCCAAAGUUUUGGUGAUUUAUGUGAAGUCCUAAAUGCUGCUGAGCUUUAUUUGAGACGGGAGGAGACAAUUUCUGCAAGUGACAUUGGGUUCUUCACCCAAAAUGAAAAAGGCGCAAAAUGUGUGGGGGUGAGAAUAAUUGAAGAGUGA